GAUUUCAUGAAGUAGUAGAGGACGAGAAGGGCACUUCUCUCGUCCUCUUCCCCCGAACAAACAAAGCAGCGACGAAACUCCUUCACCCGAUUUUUCAAUCUCUGUUCUUCUUCUGUCAUUAACGCUGUUCUUGACUGUCUGUAUUUUCUGAUUAGUCUUUAUAGUUUUUUUCCUUUGUGGGUUUGUCUUUUAUUGUUGCAGGGAGUGAAGUAAGAGCCAAAAGGGAUCUCGAUGGGGAAGCCUUCUUCUUCUUCUAAGAAGAAACGAUCCAAGAAUCCUUCUAAGACUCGUGCAAGGAAAAGAGGUAGGAGUGAGAGUAAAAGAUAUAAAUCUACUGCUUCGCAUCGUCGUGAUUACCAGAUUUCUUCGGAUGAUGAUUGUGAUUCGAGAAGUUUGGUGUCCAAAUCAUCAUCUAGUUCUGAGGAUGAUUACGUGAGUCGUAGGUCUCGGUCUCAUGUAAGGAAGGAUGUGAAGAGCAGUAGGUCUCGGUCUCGUGUAAGGAAGGAUGUGAAGACCAGUAAGAGGAAGAGGAAUCGCAGGCGUUCUUCUAGCAAUGAGAGCUGCCGGGAAACUUCCCCUGUUAGGAGACAGAAAAGAUCAAAGAAAAAUGUUAAUUUUGAGGCCAGGAAGAAAAUGCAGAAAAAGAAGUUUAGGAGAGAUGGAAGUACAAGUUCCAUGAGCAAUGAUUCAUGCAGUUGCUCAGAUUGUCAGUGCGAGAGUAGUAGUAGUGAUGAGAGUAAAAUUGAGAGGCAUGCAGGCAGGUCUAAGAGGAAAGAGAAAAGUAAGAGAAAAUUGGGUAGGAUAAAAGGUGGAAGUAAAAGGAAGAUAUAUAGAUCAAGGAGUUGUUCUACAGGUAGCGGCUUCAGUGGAAGUACAGAUUAUCAAGAUGAGAAAAACUGGACUGCAGAGAACAAUUCUAGGCGGUUGAGAUCAGUUAUUACUUUUCCAAAGGAGGACAAAGAGGGAAGAGAGUUCGUUAAAAUUGACAAUAAUGAAGAAAUGGUAUAUGAUCAUGAUGAUUACCCUUCUUGUAAAAGCAACGAUAGCAAUGAUGGGGGCAGCAAGAAGGACUUGCCUCAUUCUUCAUGUGUUGAAUCUGAGAAGAAAAAUGCUAUUGAUGAUGGGAAAAUAGAAGAAACUAUGGUUUCUAGCAACCAGACCUUUGAUGUAACUGGAGGUAGGAAGGAUGAUGAAGCCCAUUAUUAUCGAAGUAUCCAUAGCCCUGAUAGGAUUGGGACUACUGAUGCUGUAAACGAAAGAAACAACGAGGCUUUAAAUUCUGUUGGAAAUGCAAGUGCUGAUGAUUUGGAAUCUGUUUUAAGACAAAGGGCUUUAGAAAACCUAAAAAAGUUUCGUGGAGGGCUCCAAACAAUUGCAAAGACUCCUAUUGAUGAGAAAAUCCAGAGUGCCAGUAUACCUAUUGUGAAGGCUGAAUUACGUCAAACGAAUGCCCCAGAUGACCAGGGUGCUAAAGUGAAUGCUGCAUUGAAAUCAGUAGCAGUAGGUAGUGCGACUGUACUGCGAAGGGAUACAGCUCAUUCUUCAGAAAAUGAGGAAAAGAAUUCAGAUAGGUUUAAUGCUGGAAAUGAAUCUGGGUCUGCCAAACAGGAUUCUGCUCUUGUAACUGACCACACCAUUGAAAAGGCUAGUACUGCCAGUGCUGUUACUAACAAACCAAAAUUAGCUACAUCGGAUCUGAGAAAAGUAUCAUCUAAUGUUAACAGCCCUCACAAGAGGGUGAAUGUUUCAGGGAAUCCUCCCGGCGAAAAGAUGGUUAUUGAGAGUGGGGCAGUUAAUUGUGCUUCAGAAACUGUGCAAGCUGUGAAUAUCCAGAGUGUCAAAAAUAAUGGUGAUACAUUCAAUAAGGCCUCUGGUUCUGCUUCUGUUCUGCCGUCUCCUUCCCUUGAACCUGUGGCAGGAAACGUUAUCUCAAAUAAUUUGCAGGAACAAACUACGGAGGGCUCACAGUUGGAGCGGAAGACAAUGUCUGUGAUGAGGGGUGGUGAAAUGGUUGAGGUGAGCUACAAGGUCUACAUACCAAAGAAAACACCUGCUUUGGCUAGGAGGCCGCUCAAACGGUGAUCUGUUUAUUGCUGGUUUCAGUAUCUGCAUGUAGAGGCUAGUUUACGAUUGAGUGGGCUCCUGGUGGUGGGAGAAAGAGUGAGAGACAUCUUUUGAUAGAACAUGGUUAGGGUUAUGAGAGGCACCCAGCACCUGAAACAGGAGUCUUCUGCAGAACUUUGGUAUUGGAAAGUGCUCUUAGCUGUUGUGUCUGCUGACAGAUUCUGGUUUAGGUGCCUUCCAUAGAUUAUAUGGUAUUUUUCCAAUGCAUCAUUUGUUAUAAACAAACCAAGUGUUUUAUGUUUUGGUUGUCAUGGUCUAUCUUAGCGCCCUAAACUUCUGGGCUAGACACUGGAACUGCAUAAUCAACCAGGUUUCAUUGGCUUUCAUUUGCAUACUCUGAUUGGAAUAUGGCACAACAAUUUUCAUUUU